UCCUAAAUUCUCUCAGUCAACCACAAAUUCCCGCGAUAACUUAGUUUUUAUUAAGCGCGUGGUAUCUCGCGAGAUUCACGUUUUAUUGAAACAUGUCUGAGAAGGAGCUGGGGAGAAAGUGGGACCGCUGCCUCGCGGACACGGCAGUCAAACUUGGGGCCGGCCUGGGUUUGGGUAUCGUCUUCUCCGUUGUCUUCUUCAAGCGUCGUACAUGGCCCAUCUCAUUCGGCUUGGGGUCGGGGCUUGGUAUGGCUUACUCCAACUGCCAGCACGACUUCAGGUCUCCAUACCUUCUGCAUGGUCAGCUGGUCAAAGAGCAGUAGUAAUUCCAAGAGUGAUCGCCUUCUCUGCACAUUGAUUGCAUGAAUGCUGUUUGCCUCUCAACUGGUCCCCAAUCUCACUGCAGUGUACCUGAUCAGAGCUGAUCCUAUUAAUUAAUAAAAUACUAAUGUAUAUGCAACUGCAGGAGCACACUCACACAAAAUAUAUGUGUAUUUAUAUAA